AUGACUACCAUGCCGAUUAGCAAACCCAAUUUGCUAAAAUUCAAACACGUCAAGAGCUUCCAACCACAAGAAAAGGACUACGGUCCGGUUACUUCAUUGAAUUUCGAUGAUAAUGGCCAGUUUUUACUGACUUCAUCCUCCAACGAUACAAUGCAGCUAUACAGUGCCACAAAUUGCAAAUUCCUGGAUACAAUUGCCUCCAAGAAAUACGGCUGCCAUUCUGCUAUUUUUACACACGCCCAGAACGAAUGUAUCUAUUCAUCCACAAUGAAGAAUUUUGAUAUUAAAUAUCUUAAUCUAGAGACAAAUCAAUAUUUGAGAUAUUUUUCCGGCCACGGUGCCCUAGUGAAUGAUUUGAAGAUGAACCCAAUCAACGAUACUUUCCUGUCGUCAUCAUAUGAUGAAUCUGUAAGACUUUGGGACUUGAAAAUUUCGAAACCACAAGUCAUUAUACCAAGUCUCGUACCAAAUUGCAUUGCAUAUGACCCAAGUGGUCUCGUCUUUGCAUUGGGGAACCCAGAGAAUUUUGAGAUUGGCCUGUACAAUUUGAAAAAAGUCCAAGAGGGACCGUUUUUGAUAAUCAAGAUCAGUGAUUCAACUUUUAAUCAAUGGAACAAACUAGAGUUCUCCAACAACGGAAAAUAUUUACUCGUCGGGUCCUCAAUGGGUAAGCACUUAAUCUUUGAUGCAUUCACUGGCCAACAAUUAUUCGAACUAAUAGGAACAAAGGCCUUCCCCAUGAGAGAGUUUCUGGAUUCCGGAUCAGCUUGCUUUACCCCAGACGGUGAAUUUGUUCUCGGGACAGACUACGAAGGCAAGAUUGCCAUCUGGAACCAUUCUGACUCGAUCAGUAACAAAACUUUAAAACCACAAGGGUUCAUACCCUGUGUUUCCCAUGAGACUUGCCCCAGGUCAAUUGCAUUCAACCCCAAAUACUCCAUGUUCGUUACCGCGGAUGAAACAGUGGAUUUUUACGUUUAUGACGAAUGA